AUGGCAAAAUCCACCCCCGGUGCUCGGCUCCGUCGAGCAUUCCACUAUCCCUCCGACGAUGACGAUGCAUCACCUUCGUCCACUCCCGAAGUGCUCGAUGAGCAAGAACAAGAAACCCUCAUAGCGACCCUCGCCCAGCAAAACACCCACCGCAACGCCGCCUUCCACCGCCUGCUCUACGCCCUACCCGCCCUCUCGACCAUCCCAUUCCUGCUCGCCCUCUUUCUCCCCCAACACUCCCGACCUUCCGCCGGCACCACGACCACACCCCCAUCCCCAUCCCCAUCGCACCUCCUCUCCCUCCUCGGCCUGUCCUCCCUUCUUGCCACCGCCCUGACCCUCCACCGACUGGGCGUGACAGAGACGGGCUUCGCCUUUCUCGACCACCAGCAGCAGCAGCAGCACCACCACCACCACCACCACCACUACCGCCAUACCGCCACCGCGGCGAUGACACAACCGCGCCGGCGGCGCGCAGCCGGCAGCAGCAGUGCGGGCCUCCUCGGCUCCGCCGCCGACUACCCCGGCGCCAAGUCACCUCUCGCGCGGCACCUGCCGUGGCUGAACGUGGCGCUGGCGGCGCUGGCGCUGCUGACCGGCCUGUUGGAGGAGCGGGCGCGGACUGGGCAGGCCGUUGGCGGCGGUGGUGGUAAUGGCAGUGGUGGUGGUGGUGGUAGUAGUGCGGGGGUCAGUCCGGGGCUGCUGGGGGCGCUGCCCGGGGUGGUGUACGCGGUGGUCGUUGGGGCGAAGGUGGUCAUGGCUGGGGUAGAUCCUGAGAGGGAGUUGGGUGGGCUCAAGUAUGGGUAUAAGGGAGCGUAG